AUGAUCGAACCUUCCGAACAAUAUACAAAGGGUCUGUAUCUACAAUCCCAAUUGCAGUAUCUGAAACGACAGCACAUUACUAGUCCCCCAUUUGAAAACUCAGGUUACAAUCAACCCCAUUUUCCCUCUUCUGCAAGACGAUUGUACAACAAGUUGACCUCAUCUCCAAGCGAACAAUCAAAAAUUAACUUCGAAUAUUAUAACACCUGGAUCUAUUACUACUCUUCUACCCACCUCCUUAUUUUGCCCAAAUCUCAAUCUACUCCAGUGGGGACUGCUUCCCGACAGAAUGUGCAGCUAAAGAGCAAUACUGACAGUCUUCGAACUAAUGCAGUUUUCCCUGCCUUCCGAUUCUAUAGUCCCGAUGUCCACGCUUAUCUUUCCAAGAGCAAUUCCUCUAGAGAAAUUGUGGCCAGAGAACGCAAUCCAUUCAGCCAAAUCAUUGAGUGGGAAUGGAUCCCUCAACCCCGCUACAAUGGCGUGUAUCUACGAAACAGGGUCUCCAAGCAUUUCUUCUGUUUCAACAAAAAUGGAAGGCCUGCUGUUCGCAAAAGUUUAAAUCGAGAGCGGUGUCUUCUACAUGGUUACAUUCGCUUUUACAGUGGUACUAAACGGCCAAAAUCCGCAAAACGAAGGUCUCAAGCUAGAAAUACUUUUGUGAAUGCAUUUAAAGAAUCGAAUUUACAAGUUCCCUAUAAGACAAUGAGUAACAGGAAUGCCACUAACAACAGUAUACCUACCGGCUACCCACGACGAAAUAAACGCUCACUUCGACGAAUCGGUGGCUUUGCAGAUUUUCUGCUUCCAGCUGUGAUUCAUUUAACUUCGAGACAGCAAACUCCUGAGUGGCGAGUUGGAUUCUGUCUGAAUGGCAACGCCUUUGUGAAUCGUAAGCCAUUUGCUGAAAAGUGUCCCAGUUACACCUUGCCAGUAAGAUGGAAUCUUCUCUACAUGUGUCCCCCAGUUCCUCGUUAUUGUCGCAUACCUGAAUGCCAAUCAGAAAACACCGUCUACGGUGAAAAUAUCGGUUGCCCAUAUACAUGUCGUGCAAGCAUUUUUUGUGGAGAUACGUCCGACCGAGUUAAUGCGGUGUAUACUUGA